AUGAAGCUGGAUGAAAUUCAGCUCAAACAAGAACUCAAACCAUUGAUACAUGGCGAUAGUACGGUUGAUGCGUCUGUGGACGAGCCAGAUACGAACAUAAAGGAAGAAGAAUUGUGCAAGAAGGCAUCUUUACCAGCUAUUGAUACGAGCCAACUGAAUUACUACUAUCAAUGCCAGGUCUGUAAUGAAAUCAUGUCGAGCCUAACAACCUAUUUGAAUCACCUUGCAUCAGUGCACACAAUCAGACACAGAAACAACACCAUCAAGCAUGUAGAGUUAGAGCCAGAUAUCUAUAACCCCGGAUUCUAUUGCCAAUCUUGUGAAAAAGCGUACGCAAACAUGGACAAAUAUUGGUAUCACCUCAAGUUUACACAUUACAUGGUAUUGAAAUCAACAGCAUCACAAGCAUUGACAGUCAACAAAGGUCGGCAGCCUGUUCCUCAAGAUCCUGAUUUCUAUUGCAGAGUAUGCAACAUCAAGCAUGCAGACAAGGAAGCCUAUAACCAGCAUCUGGGUACAGUGCACAACAUAUAUCUAAGGAGCAGACGAGAUCUCACUAUCAUGCCCGAGUGGGACAGCCCAAACAACUAUUGCCGCGCUUGUCGAUACAGUUACGCUGGAAAGUACAAUUAUCGCUUGCAUUGCAGACGGGUGCACAAUAUGAAAGCACCUGUCAAAGUAGACAAGAGCAGCCUUCCUGAUCUGCAAGAUCCCAACAACUAUUGCAAAGUGUGUGAUUUUACUUACAAGACCAAGAAACUGUAUCUAUUUCACUGCAGUCGCUUACAUCAUAUCAAACCCACCAUCAAGGCCUCCGAUAGCACACCAGACCCAAAAGAUCCCAACAAUCACUGCAGUUUAUGCGAUAAAACAUACCUUCAUAUCGCUUCCUAUCGCAAACACUUGAUUACUGUGCACAAAAUGACACAUUUAUCUUCCAGGUCACAGCGAAACAUGAUUCCAGAUGUGGAUGAUCAGAAUGGCUACUGUCGCGCUUGCGAAAAGACCUAUUCAUCUGUCCACUAUUACAAAGUGCAUGUCGCCACUUUUCAUGCCGCUAGCAACGAUCCACAACAACAAGCAGACCAAGUACCUGAUGUGAAUGACCCCAAUUUCCACUGUCGCUCCUGCCAAAAGACGUUUCUUGAUCAAAACAGAUAUCGCUCCCACCUUCGUGGUGCGCACAAAAUGAGAUUAAAAUCCAUGCGAUCACUCAACGAUGACCCCAAUCUCCUUCCUGAUCCGCUUGAUCCCAGCUUUUAUUGUCGUGUUUGCAAGACCACGUUAAAAACGAUCAAGUUAUUUCGCAGACAUUGUAGACACACGCACCAAAUGACGCUGGAUCCCAUACCUUUACCAAACCCUAAUGCAGAGAUUGAUGUCAAUAGCCCCGAGUGCUACUGCGCCAAGUGCGAUAUCUAUAUCAAAAGAAUCUCAAACUUUAGAAGACAUCUUCGAGUAAAGCAUCAGCUUAAAAUUGAUCGCAAACGAGGCCGACCCUAA